AUGGCUUCUACAUCAGCUGUUAUUGAUAGUCGUAUAAAUCAAAUGUCUACUGAUAAAUCAUCUGCAAUUCAUCUUGAUGAAGAAGCUAUUCAGUCAAAAUCAAAUAAUCAAUCGAUAGCAGAAACACCAUUAAUACCAAUGAAAGCAGCGAGUAAAACUUCUUUAUCAUCGACAAGUUCAAAAACGAGUGACUAUCCCGAUAUAUGUCGAAUAUGUCACUGUGAAGAUACAAUCGAUGAACCAUUAAUAUCGCCUUGCUAUUGUUUGGGUACAAUGCAAUAUUUACAUCAAUCAUGUUUACAGCAUUGGAUAAAGAGUGCCGGUGUUAAAUCCUGUGAACUUUGUAAAUUUGAAUUUAUAAUGCAUUCAGAAAUAAAACCAUUUAAACAAUGGCAAAAAUUAGAUAUGAAUGUUGUUGAGAGACGUAAAGUUAUGUGUUCUGUUGCAUUUAAUUUGAUAGCUGUUACUUGCGUUCUUUGGUCACUAUAUGUUUUAAUUGAAAAAACAAGAGAAGAAGUUAAAACUGGAAGACUUCAAUGGCCUUUUUGGACAAAAUUAAUCGUUGUAGCUGUUGGUUUUACUGGAGGAUUGAUCUUUCUUUAUGUUCAAUGUAAAAUGUAUCUUCAGCUUUGUAUUCGUUGGCGUCAGUUCAAUCAACGUAUUGUUAUUCAUUCAAGAAAUGAGCAACGUCAUGGUGGUAUGACGUUAUCAGGAACAAAAAAUUUAAAUAAUAAUCGUGAUAAUUGCAUUGUAACAGUACUUGAUGCAAAUGAUUUACCCCCCAUGAACUCAAAUACAUCAUCAACAACCCCAAUGAGUAAUACAAAUAUUCAAUUCGAUUCUUCUUCUUCAACUAGUAUCAAUCGUAAUCGGCGACAUCAAAAUAGCAAUCAUCGACGUUUUCUAAAUCGUUUUUUUCUUUUUCAUCGAUCGAAUCAAUCUCAAACAUAA